AUGGCAGAUGCAAACAAAGGUAUUUCAAAAGAAGGAGCAAUUGGCAAGAAUAUGGCUGAUGCUCUUGGUGGUCAUACAGAAGGUGCAAUAUCAAGUAAUUAUAAAGGAAUGCCGAGAAAUGCCGAUCCGCAUUAUUCUCACAAUCCUGCGAAUAGUCAACCAGUAGCUGAAUGGACUCAAAACAAAAUGCAAGAAUGUCGCAAAAAUGCAGCAAAAAAGAAAUGA